AUGUCGCAAACUAUGAAAGCAGUCGUGUUCAAGGGACCUCACAAGGUUGUGAUUGAGGAUCGUCCAAUCCCCAAGAUCCAGGAUGAUGGAGAUGUCAUCGUCAAGGUCGAAUACACAGCUCUCUGCGGAAGUGAAUUGCACGUCUUCCGUGGCCACCAGGCUUCAGACACAGACUUCAUCAUGGGCCACGAAUUCACAGGCAAAAUCACAGAAGUCGGCAAGAGCGUAAAGACCCUCAAAGUAGGCGAUCUCGUCGUCUCUCCCUUCACCACUUCCUGUGGUGAAUGUUUUUACUGUAAGCAUGGAUUCUCAUCUCGUUGCGAAAAGUCUCUCCUCUUUGGCUGCCCGAAGCUUGAUGGUGGUCAGGCCGAGUACGUCCGUAUUCCUACUGCAGAGGGUACUGUCAUGAAGGCCCCUGAAGGUCUUGAGAAGGAGGCUUUGGUUCUGAUGGCAGACAUCUUCCCCACCGGCAUGUUCGCGGCAAAGAAUGCAUUCAAGGAGUUGAGCAAGGAGGAAGCACAGGAAAGCACAGUUGUAUUGCUCGGUCUGGGACCCGUCGGUCUGUGUGCACUGGUCAAUGCCUUGGACUACAAGCCCAAGAACCUUCUUGCCGUCGACAGUGUGAAUAGCAGACUACAGCAAGCCAAGGACCUCGGAGCCGAACCCUGGAACUUCAUGACUGACAGGGAUGGCUUGGAUAAGAGAGUCAAGGAGCUCACCAACGGCAGAGGUGCAGAUGUUGUGAUCGAGGUCGUAGGUCUGUCGCCUGCCCUCAAGCUCGGCUACGAUCUUCUCAGACCUUGGGGUAUCAUCUCAAGUGUUGGUGUACACAACGCAGAGAUUCCUUGGACAGGUAACCAGGCUUACAACAAGAACUUGCGCGUUCAGAUGGGUCGUUGCCCUGUCCGCUCAAUCUUCGCAGAGGCGCUAGAGAAGCUCAAGAAUAAGCAACAUCUGCUUGGCUUCAUGUUCGAGAAGGUCAUGCCGCUCUCGGAAGCCCUCGAAGGUUAUGACCUUUUUGACAAGAUGAAGGUGCAGAAGGUCGUCUUUGAACUUGAACACUGA